AUGGCUCAAACAAAUGGCGUGCAAGAUCCAAUCUCUAUAACGAUUGCUCAAGAAUUGCUCAACCGACCAAAUCAUACACGUCAAAGAUCCGCAUUCACAACAGCAUCUGCUCGAAGCCACCAAUUCGAUGGCACAGAUAACCCACAGCAGGCGGCAGAAGUGUUAGCAGAUCCAAUUCUUGAAGGAAGAUCUCGCCGCGCAGGCCAUACCAGCAACACCUGGACGUCGUCGAGCGGGGAUGUUGUUUCCGACCAGGACGAAAUCGAUGAUCGAACUUUUUUCGUGCAAGAAUACAAUCGUCUCGCCAGAAAGCAUGGAGUACGAGUGAUUGUGCCUGAAGAACACGAGCCCAAUGACGACUCGUUUGCUUCCUCCGUCAAGCAGCACAGCUGGUUUUCUCGCAAGAUCCUGAGACGAACUUCGUCUUCUCAAAGUGUGAGGCUAAAGAAUGAUCGACACUUGAAACAUAUGCGAAGUAUCAGUGAUUCUCUUCGCAUGAAGAAGAGGGACAGAUUGAAGGAUAAGGACUUGCAAGAUCUUGCUCGACUUUGCGGCCUGAGCCUUUUGUAUCUGCCAACCGAGUACGCAGCAGGUAGCCUGUCCGUGCCAACUUGCUUCCGGGCUACAGCUCAAUUCCUUGUACAGCAUGCGCCAAGCACACGAGGCGUAUUCCGCAUUCCAGGAUCUCAAAACGCAGUAGCAGCACUGUACAAUCACUAUUGUUCUAUGGAUGAAGAGGGUCAAGUGAUCGCUGGUACAGUCCGAUGUCCAACGCUUCCUGAUCACAUUAGAUGCGAUACACAUGAUGUCGCGUCAGCCUUCAAAAGGUUCCUUGCAGGGAUACCUGGAGGCAUUCUUGGAUCUUUAGCACUCUUCAAUGCUUUCAUCUCAAUUCAGACUCAAUUGGAUGGCGAUGCAGAGUUGACCAGGACCAAGCAAAGCAAGGUCCGAGCAAGACUCAUUGCUCUUGCUGUCGCCACACUGAGAUCUCAAUACCGGCGGGAGCUUAUUAGUGCUGUGUUUGGGCUUCUCUCCAUGAUCGGACGCGCUGCAGAAACAGCCCCACGAGAAGACGAGCGUGGAAGACCUUUGCCUACAUCUGAUCUCAUGGGAUAUGGCCCUCUCGGUAUAGUCUUUGGGCCCUUGUUGGUCGGUGAUCUCUUAGAGGACUAUACGGUGCGACUCGUCAAUCCGCAUGGUGGAUUAAUCUUGCUCCCAAUCAGUCCACCAAAGUCUCGAAAAGAACGAUCGAAGAAGACUAAGAGCGGCGAUGAGGGCACUACGUUCAGCAAUCACAUUGACAAGAUCAAAGUUGCCAACAGUAUCACUGAGAUGCUCAUCACUCACUGGCGAGAUGUGGUUCGCCACAUGAAGAACUUGAGCGCUCUCAAAGUUGUGGCAGGCACGCAGAGUCUGGCUGUGCGGAAUUCAAAUCCUCCGAUGCUGCGGCCAUCUGCUUCUGAGACCUUUGCUUUGCGGAAGCCUCCAGAUUGGGAUCAAUUCGGAUCUCCUCUAGGGCGCAGAGAGAGAAGUGUGUCUCCAACCCCAAAUAGACGUCCCAGUGGUUUGCUUGAGAUUCAGUCCGACGACGAUGUGCGCUUGCAUCAAGUUGACAUAUUGAGAGUCAAGAAACAACGGAUGAAACAGAGAGCAACUUCCAACCAUCGUCUCUCUGGUCACACCCCAAAGACAGUCCUUGCACCUACCCGGGAGGAAAUCCCUAAAGACACUUCUUCUCACCUUGCCAAUCGUGGCACGUCAGAAAGCAAGCCACGAUCAAGAAGUGGGAGCUUCUCAGAGGUUGAGAAAUUUGAGUACCCUCGCCGUCACCAAGACGGCAAGCUUUUGCACCAAAAAAUCCACACUUCAAACGGUUCGUCUGACAAAGAGAACAAACCUCCUUCCAGCGAUUAUCGCUCAGUGUUGGACCCAGGCCGUCAAAAAGUGGAUGAUGAAGAUGGACAACUCCACACAGGGAAGAGAGAAAUGACUGACCAAAGAAAUACAUCAGACGAAGGAACGAAGAUCAAAGGAGAACACUCUGUGGUAGCAGCUGCUAAGUCAACUACUGAGAUGAGAAAUAGAACUAGGGAGAAAACAUCCGAAGCGUCAUCAUCUGCAAAGGCAUCCAAGACAAAUACUCCACCUUUGCAUAAGCGCCAUUCACCAUCAUCUACUUUCAGAGGCUCGGCGACCCAGACUUCAGGUGAUGAACCUCGGAAAUCGAAAGCAGACUCUGCUCAAGGGCCCAACAAAUUGACCAAGUCUGCCGAACGUGCAAAAGCACGAGAGGAUGGGCUGGUUGGCCGCCAGAAAGCCAAGAAUGAUACCCAAGAUACACCUUACAAGAAAUGGAAAAAAGGCAGAAAAUCAGCUAUCAAGUCGUCGACGUCAGAAAUAGACACCAAACAUCAGGCCUUGCAAGUUGAUGAUAAAUUUUGGCCUCUCGACAGAUUGCCGGGCUCCUCGCCUAGUGCUCAUCGCUCGAAAUUGGAGAUCACAAUCACAAGAUCAUCCUCUGGAGACUUAGGAGAAGUGAAAACUGAUGCAUCUCGCAGAGUAGGUGGCAGUGAGCCAGGUUCUCAUCCAAUAGGUCAUAGCUUGACCGCUCCUGGCUACAGAAGAGUGUCGAGGUCUUUGGAUGAUAAUCUACGACGCAGAAAUAAGCAUCUAGAUUUACAGAGGUCGCAUUUGAGCAAAGAUCCUUUGAGUCGGAUUUCGCACGAGGAAGAUUUAGCAUCAUUGGCAGCGCUUGCAAAAGCGUUAGACUCUGCGGAUGUGCAAGCACAAAGUCCUGAUGUCUCCACUGGUCAUGGUAGUGGUAUCUCCUUGUCAGUUCAUCAAAGUGGCACCAUUGAGUACCAGAGUCAAGUCUCAGAUGGACCUGGAUCACCCCGAAAAACAGAGAAAUCAACAACUCGGGAGUCAGAUGAGAAAUCAAAUCAACAAAGGUCCAGCCAACACCAUAAUCAAGAUCAUGACAGUCUCAGCUUCAACAAGAGUGCAACUUCAAAGACGUACUCAGGGCACGUACACGAAGGAACCAAUGUUGGUCAAACACCCAGAAUCCAAGGAGAUCCUGCCCGUGCUCCGAGCAACCUCGACAGUAGAACCGUCCAAUUCACACCCAGGAAGAGGACUGGAAGUCCACGAAGUCCUAGUAGUAAGAUUUCGGCUCUGGUUGCGAAAUACAACAAUGGCGAUUCAGCACCGGUGUUGCCUCCUAGCACUCCGUCCCCAUUAAAAUCUACCUCCAAAAGUAUUCCUCGGGAGGUUUCUCGAAAGAUCGAAGCACCACAAGACGGUUUGAUAGCACCAUAUACUAUCAAUCCACCUUCUCCUACGAGGUCGCAGAUGUCCGGGAAGUCUGAGAAGACGCCUCAAUCACGUCGUACUCCUGAUGCAACCUUAAGACCUCUGAACGUUGAAAGGAAUAUUAGCCCUACGAAAAUCCCAGCCCCUAAACGGGUGCUUAGAUCAUCCCUCGAUGAUGCUACUCCUCUCAGGCCCGUUCAAAAGUCUGUUGAAAAUGCCUUUAUACCCUCCAGUGUUUCACCUUCUAAGAUUCCAAGAGCAAGACCCGAGACGGCUGAGCCUGCACAGAGAUAUCUUGAUGGAUCUGCAUCGAACCUUAACAGCCGUACUCCGUCGCAAAUUCCCGAUCUCGGGAAAAUCGAUCCAGCUGCUUUGGUCGUUCAGAGACUGGCUAGAUCUACAAGUCGAACAUCAACACCACCGCCAAGCAUACGCCGAUCUCUCGAUGAAGCUGUUACGGAGAUGAAAGGUCCUAUUCCCUCGCUCCUGCACCCGGCUGCACUGCGAUCUGUUCGAGAAAUGACUGAAGUUUCUAUAGAGGAUACCACAGGAAUUCCAUCUUGUCAAGAUGCUACUUCUACUGACAACCCCGAAGUCGUAGCCGUAGAUGGUCCAGCCGGAGAGCUCAAAAUCCAUCAAUUCCGUGGACUUUCGGAAUUAGCAUUUCCCGCUCGUAUGAGGCAUUCUGUACAUGAAGAUUUGCCCGAGUUUGUCCAUCCUGAAUCGCCAUUCAAGGACACUUUCUCGAAUCCUACCAGUCCUAUCUCAAGCCAUCCCCCAACUCGCCGCAACUCACUGCUUUAUCUAGAGAUCCAAAAACUUGAGAAGAAACUUGCAACGGAGAAGGAGGAAGUGCUCCAACUCAAGCAGCAGCUUGAGGCCCGGCAGAAUCUUGACGUAGGAAGUCUAAGCGAAGAAUUAAGGGAAGCGAAAAAAGAGUUACAGAAGUGGAAGACAAGGGCCAAAGUGGCUGAGAAGCAGCUUGAGCUUUUAUUCAAAAACCCCUCGAGGAGCAUGUCUACUCAACUGGCAUAUAGCUCUAUGUCAAGAGUCUCGGAUAGGGUUAAUUCCUCGAGGACCGAUGGCCCGUCGGACUCCCUCACUGCGACAGAGACACUGCGCAAAGUCUUCAACGGAACUGAUGGAGCGGCGAGCUCGGAAGAGUCGGAUUAUAGUACUAAUACUGUAGUUCGAGAUGUUCAGGAUAUUGUCACAGGUAGUGAGUACAGUGUGUGGGUGGAACAGACAAUGAAUGCUCUUGGUGGUGCGGAAGUUUCUUGAUCUGGGUCAAUAGCAGCUUAUGAAUAGCGAUGGAAGGAUGACACAAAUAUGUUAUAAAGGGUCAAGUUCCGUAUCGAAUAGCCUUUGUUUGUUGUUUGCAGUAUAGUUUCAAAGGCGCUAUGCGAUGCUCUAAGUUAGG